AUGCCCUGGGCGACUUCUGCAGACAUCAUUGCGGCUGGUGCAUAUCUAGAACCUGGCUUCGACGCGAACAGGCUUACAGUGCCGCAGCUCCGGUCUGUCUUCCUUCAUCACGGAGUGGCACAUCCUACAGACUACACAAAGUCGCAGUUGGUGCGUCUAUUCAACGUCGAGAUUCAACCCAGGGCCCCCCAGUCGAGCCUCCCAAGGUGCCAGCUGCAAGCCAAUCCCUACAAACCAAGGGGAGCUCUUCGUGGAGUGGCACCCGCCACUCUCAGGUCGCCCAUCAUCCUGUUGCAGCGUCGGGCACCCCCGAAUUACUGGGUAAUCUCUUCUCGGGUGCACCGCACCCCUCCCCGGCGUCAGGUGCGCUCAACGCCACAAGCUCCCGAAUCCCAGGAUGUGGGACUCAACCGCCACGGGCACAUCAGUAGCAGCACAUGCCAAUCCAGUGGCCAGUUCUCUGCAGUACCUGGCCCGCUUACGCAACUCCCAACAAUCAAAUCGCCGCCGGCUCCAAAUGAACUUAGCGCAGCCGCAGGCGGUCGUCCCGAGGACUCGGGCUGGGUUAAUAACAACAUCUUUCAGGCUGGUUCCAGGCGUUCUUCAGCAUUUCACACGCCUGCAGGCCAUUCCAAUGACCGAGACGGGAGAAGCAACAACUCCCCUGGGGUGCCGCCGCCCGCGUUCACUCACUCAACCCUCCUCGGCCCAACCGCGGAAAGCCAUCCCAGCCGGUCGGGCGUGGCUAACAGGAACAUGUCGAGUGUAUACGCGUGUACAGCCCGUGCGCAGGACGGCAGGACGGCGGAACGCUCCACUAUACCGAGCGGAUGGGUUGCGCAAGCCUCCAAAGGCCGCGACGGCGGGGAUGGGGUCCUUGGCACAGCAGACAGCCGCACCGCUGUCUCAAAACCACGGAUUGACACGCCAGUCUCCCAGUUAGACCGUUCGUCGCGAUCACGGCUAUCCAUGCGCUCCCGCCGCCCCAGCACCCAAGGAUCUAACAGACAAUGUUAUGCCCGCCCAUCCACAUCGUUGUGGAUUGCUCUCCUGCUACUCGCUGUCCCGAUUCUCGGGUUACUCAAUAACUUCCGGGCGAAAUCCCUGCUUAUCGGCUUUUGUGACGCCGAGACCGACACGAACCCUGCCUUGGAGGGCCUCAGGAAGCGCAUCAGUGCGACCAGGUCAGGCCUUCUCAACGACCAAGAUAUGGCCGAAAGCUGCAAGGCGGACACAGACACCGAGAAAAUCAAUGCGCAGCACAUGGAGGUCUUAGCAGCAACUCUUUCUAUAUUCGUUCCUGACGCCUGUACGCCGUGUCCAGCUUAUUCGACGUGCACUUCUUCCACGGUACGUUGCAGGCAAGGCUUUGUCAUCGCUCCGCAUCCAGUCCUGUCGCUCCUCCCUGGCCGUUCGUCUUCACCCUCUCCGGCCACAUUUUCCCGCGCGGAGGGCCUCCACUCGCAAAGCCUCGCAAUUCGGACGAUACACGCAUCAGUCUCGAGGCUUCUAGACGGCCUGCCUGCAGUCGGCCCCUUCGCGUUGCCUCCACAGUGCGUAGAGGACGUUGAACGAGCGCAACGCAUGCACCGAAUACGCGGUGAAGUCGCUUGGGUCUUAGCUGAGGUGCGGGGUCGCCGGGUCUGCGGGGCGCAUGGCGAGAGAGCCGAUGGCUCCACCACGGGCGCAGAUGGAGCACAGCAAUGGGGCCUAGAAGUCCAUGUGCUGGAAAGCAAGGUCAGGGCACGCAUGUCGGUCAGUGUCUUUUCGUGGUGGGCCAUUGAUUAUUGUGCUUACUGGUGUUUCUACUUAGCUCGAUUGUUUAGUGGGAAACUGUACAUUGCGCACAGGCAGCCGCAUCUGACUUGGGCCUGUACGCUCAAGCUCCAAGCUAUGAAGGUGUGGGCAGGAUAUCAAUAUUGCAUCAUCGCAGCCACUUUGAUUACUCUUGGGGUUCCGGUGAUUAGGCGACGGCAGCGGAAAGCGGCUGCCGAGGCAGAUCGUGUCGCCCGGACCGUCCAGAUAGUCCUUGCGAGGUUGCAGAGGCAGUCACGCAUGCAUCGUGACGAUCCUACGAGCGCUCAGCGGCCGUAUCUAGUCUCGCUACGCCUACGCGAUGAACUGUUGCAGGACGAGCAUCUAGUUGAAACACGAAAGCAUAUAUGGGAGGGGGUGGAACGGAUAGUCCAGGCGAAUACGAAUGUGCGCGUCAGUCUUGAGGAGACAGUGGAUGGGGAUGAGAUGCACGUCUGGAUGUGGCUGGGCUCGCUCUGA